UCAGCGCGCGAUGCAUCGAGGAGUGGUGCCGGCCGGUACCUUUUCGAAAGUUUCAUCCCCGAUAGGCGCGACGGCGCUGCCGAAGGUUCCCCGGUUGCUAACGGAAGCUGUCUCAUGGUAACCGAUCUGCUUCAUUUCGACGGCAUCUGUUUUCGGAAUAUUAUUUUGAAGGGAUGUAAAAAUGGGAAGCGAAAUUCUGAUGAAGGGAGAUCCUGUGCCCUUCGCCAGGUCGAUGGGCCGGUUAAUAAACUGCAAAGAAUUUAGUGAUGUCAAGUUCAUCGUCGGCGAGUCACGGCAGCACAUCUUUGCGCACCGCUGCCUCCUCGUGUCGAGAUGUGAAGUCUUCAAGGCGAUGUUUGCAGAGAAGGUCGUGAAGGAGACAAGCACCAACGUGCCUCUAGUGCUGUCUGACGUUGAACCUGAUAUCUUCAUGGUGGUCUUGGAGUUCAUCUACACUAACUGUGCAUCACUCUGUGCGAAGACGGUUGUUGAUGUGCUAGCGUCUAGCAUAGAGUAUGGUCUUGACGAGCUGAGGAAGCUGUGUAAUGCGUACCUGAUUAGAAACCUCUCUAUAGCCACUGCCUGUGAAACCAUGCAGGCUGCAGUCACCUACGGCCAAGACGACCUCAAACUCACCACACUGGGUUUUAUCGAGGAGCAUACUCAGGAAGUUUUCAGAACUAAGCAGUUCCAGGAACUCUCGGACCAAGCUCUUGCGGUUAUCCUGCAGAGCAGUCGUCUCUUGAUGGACGAGAUAGACAUCUUAGAAACCAUCAAGGAGUGGGCAUCGGUCAACUCUGCUGUCCAAGGUGUGCCUUUGAUGAAGGUCAUCAACAGUGUCAUCCAGCAUGUCCGGUUCCCGCUCUUCAACGAGACAGAGCUGCAGAAGUUAGAGACUGACAACCAAGCACAGCACAUUGUACCUAUUGCGAUGAUAGCAUUUGCUUGGAAGUUCCAUGCUCUCCACCAAUCAGAUGGCACCAACCCACAAACCAAACUAAGAAGAGGGACCACUCACAGAGACAGCCACAAGGGACUAACACCAUGGGAUCAUUGAUGUCAAAUGUGUCACUGGUUUCACGAAGAUUUAAAUAUGACUUAGAAUUGCUCCUAAUGCCUACUUGCUUACGGUAUAAAAGGCAUGACUGCACAGGUCA